AUGACAAAUUAAAUUUAACGAGAAAUGAAAUUGGAAAAAGAAAAAUAUGAGAAUUUUUUACCUCAAUUAAAAAAAAUUGAAGAUUUUAGAAAAUUUAUAUAGAUCUAAAAUUGGGAUUAAUUAAUCCGAAAAACAGAAACAGUGAUUCAAACAUUGGAAAAGUUUGGAUGCCCAGACAAGGAGAUUAUAAAAAUGUUAAUUAAUGAAGAGCUAACCCAAUUAAAAACUAUAAUAUCCAAAAUAAAUUAUGAAGUUUAGGAAUCUUCAAAAGACUAGGUAAGAAGAGUAGUUAUAUAGGAUGAUAAAUAAGUAGGAAAAAGUGAAAAUGGAGUUUUCGCUAAUUAAAUUAGGAAAAAAUUUAAUUUUUCUAGCAAUGAAAGCUAGAGAACUUACCUGUCAUCCAUUAUGAAGGUAAUAAAGUUAAAAAAAUUAAUACUGACAGAGGAGUUUGUGCUCUUACACAAAUUACUUGAAGAAGUUGUUUUUUUUUCUGAUACAUUUAGAUAAAUUUAAGAGUAUGAAAAAGAAAUUUAAAUCAAAUUUUCAUUCAGAUUUUAAUGUCGUAUUUCAGAAUUUAUUUAAAAGUUUGAAAAGAGGAUGAAAAUUUUCAUUUGUAUUUGGUAGAAACCAAGUUAUUUAAAAGUGUAAAUGAAAUAAAAAUUAAUGUUUUAGAUUUUCUUAAUUGCUUAGAAUUUUAUUUACAUUAAAAAAUUAGAUUAAAAGGAUUUUUUAAUCCAAUAAAUAAAAAAAAUAUACUUAGAGAAAGAGAGUGAAAAAGUAGAUAGUGGGGAUGAAUAGACAGAAUAAUUUGGUUUAUUAGAUAAUAUGGUUCAAAGGUUCAAAGACUUUACAAAUAAUGAAUAAUGGAAAAUUAAAUAGGGUCUAGUUUUUACUAUAAUUUAGAUUUCAUCUAAUUAAUUUUCUGACUCGAUGACUUCUUUUUGUUAGAAAGUCAUAAUCUAAUUAUGGGUUUAAGAAAAAGAUCAAAGAGUUAGAAAUAUUUUAAAAAAUUAAGGCUUGGUGAGCAUGUAAAUGUAGAUAUUGUAGAAAGAUUGGUAGACUUAACAAGAUAGAAUUGAAGGUAAAAUGUAGGAGAUGUUGAGAAGAAUUGAUGAAUUGUAGGAAUAAAUUUUUCAUGAAGCUAAUCUUAGUUAGCGAGAUCAUUAUCUGAAAGAACUUGAUGAGACAACGGAGCAAUUAGAUCAAUAAAUCCAAAAUAUCAGUGAAAUGGGUUAAUAGCUUAGACUUAUAACUGACUUUGUAAAUCAUAUUCGAAAAGGUUUAAUUAGAGUCGAGGGGAAAAUUAAUGAAAUGAAAGAAUAACUCAAAAGUAUUGGAAAUGAUGUUAAAUUUUUGAGAGGAAAAUCUAAAAUGGAAAGUAUUGAAAAGAAGCCGCAUUAAGGAAUGUAAAAUCCAUUUAUGUACCAUUAUAAACUAAGGAGAUAUCUCAUAAAGGUGAAAAAGAAAGAAGAUAAAUUAAAACAAAUCGAUGAUGCAAAUGGAGAAGUGAAUGAGUUUUUAUUAGAAGAGAACGAAACAGUGUUAUUAAUUCAUGGGGUAGCUGGAUCAGGUAAAAGUACAACAGCUAAGAAAAUAGAGGAAUUUGUUUGGAAAUUACAUACCAAUAAUAAAAAAAUUAGAAAUCAGAUUCUCAUACCUGUUUAUAUCUCCUUGCCCUCGUUAAAAAACCCUGUUUUUUAAGCAGUAGAGGAGACACUUCAUUAGGAUGAGUACGGCUUUGAUGAACUUUAACUAAGAGAAUGCAAAGAGAUAUUAGAAAAGAAAGAAUUCAGAUUGUUAUUAAUAAUGGAUAGUUAUGAUGAAAUGAAACUAGAGAAUAUUUAGAAAAAUUUAUAUAUGAAUAAUAAAGUCAAAUAGAAUUGGUCAGACCCACUUGUUAUUUUUACCACAAGAAGUGAAAUUUUUACGAGCAGUAAUUAUACCUUUUGGUUUGCACCUGAUAAUAAAGAAAAUUUAAAGGAAAUUCAGCUUUAAAAAUUUAACCCUAAAUAAAUUAUGGAAUACUUAAAAAAAUUCACAAUUUAAAGUGUUAAAAUGCAGACUUUUGAUAUAUAUGAAUGGAGGAUUGGAUAUCAAUAAUUUUGA